UCCGUGGGUCUUGGCAUUCAUUGAGAGCUGUGGUUUAUGUUUCUGAGUUCGUGUGGCUUAGGUGGUUAGCGAAAUCAACAUGGUCGAGGCAUUCAUUGGAAAUUGGAAGAUGACUUCCAGUGAGAAUUUUGAUGAAUAUAUGAAGGCAGUUGGUGUGGGUUUUGCCACUCGGCAGAUGGGAAAUAUGGCUAAACCAAACUUGCUGUUCUGCAUCGAGGACGGUGUAAUAUCAAUGAAAUCCCAGAGCACUUUCAAAACUACAGAGACCAAGUUUAAACUGAACGAAGAGUUUGACGAGACUACUGCGGAUGACAGGAAAACCAAGACCGUGGUGACCUUUGAGAACGGAAAACUGAUUCAAAAACAGACCUGGGAUGGCAAGACCACGACCCUCGAGCGGGAGUUGAAAGAUGGGAAGUUGAUAGCGACAUGCACAAUGGAUGAUGUGGUGUCAGUGAGGACCUAUGAAAAAGAGGCAUGAUUUGUCUUUUGUUGAAAGGAAGAACCCCCCCCCCCCCCCCCCAUCCAAUAGCCAAUACAAAUCUUGCAUUUUACCUGUUCAGUACCCAUCAUGUGAAAUGCAAUGACCGCAGAAAGCCCCUGAAGCUUUAAAUAAAGAUUUGUUCUGCUUUGUUUAAAGUAAAA